UGGCCGGAUCCCCCCGCGCAUGCGCCUUCGGGUCGGGGGCGCGUGCCGUGGGCUGGGCUCCGUGCCCCUCGCGGGCCGUGCCACUGUCAGUCGUCGCCUGCCCGCAGGUGAGGUUCACGUCAGGGGCCCGCGGAGCCUGCACCCUCCUCCCCCUCCCCACAGCACCUAUAUAUUGAAAAUGUGGUCAUUAGGCAUAGCGGUGUGCUGGAUCCUUGCAGUUGGCCUUUCCGAGUGUCAUCUAAGAAAGCAGAAAAAUGUGGAUCCUGAAACGUCCAUGAAUGUCAGCGAGAUCAUCUCUCACUGGGGAUACCCCAGCGAAGAGUACAAAGUAAUGACGGAAGAUGGAUAUAUUCUAAAUGUUAACAGAAUUCCUCGUGGGAGGCUGAACUACUGGAGAAAAGGUCCAAAGCCAGUCGUGUUUCUGCAGCACGGUUUGCUGGCGGACGCCAGUAACUGGGUGACAAACACAGCCAACAACAGCCUCGGUUUCAUCCUGGCAGACGCUGGCUAUGACGUGUGGAUGGGGAACAGCCGAGGGAACACCUGGUCUAGGGAGCACAGGACCCUUUCAGUUUUCCAGAGCGAAUUCUGGGCAUUCAGUUAUGAUGAGAUGGCGCGAUAUGAUCUUCCAGCUGUGAUCAAUUUCAUCUUAAAUAAAACGGGUCAAGAACAAGUGUAUUACGUUGGACAUUCCCAAGGCACCACCAUAGCUUUCAUAGCGUUUUCAACCUUACCUCAACUAGCCAAAAAGAUCAAAAUGUUUUUUGCCCUGGCUCCUGUUGCCACAGUGAAGUUUGCCACUAGCCCUUUGGCAAAACUGGGAAUAUUUCCAGAGCUGCUGUUUAAGGAAGUAUUUGGAACAAGGGAAUUUUUGCCGCAGUCUUCAAUUUUGAAAUGGCUUGCUACCCAUGUGUGUACUCACAUUAUAUUGAAGGAACUCUGUGGAAACCUCUUCUUUGUUCUUUGUGGAUUUAACGAGAGAAACCUGAAUAUGUCCCGGGUUGACGUUUACAGCACACACUGCCCGGCUGGAACCUCCGUGCAGAACAUGCUUCACUGGAGUCAGGCGGUCAAAUCUGGGGAACUCAAAGCCUAUGACUGGGGGAGCAAGGCCAAGAAUUAUUUUCAUUAUAACCAGACAAGCCCUCCCAUGUACAACGUGAAAGACAUGCUAGUGCCUACUGCAGUGUGGACCGGUGGUCAGGACUGGCUGGCAGACCCCAAAGAUAGUCAGUUGUUAUUGACUCAAAUUACCCAGCUGGUGUACCACAAGAAUAUUCCCAAGUGGGAACAUCUGGAUUUCAUCUGGGGCUUGGAUGCCCCUCAGCGCCUGUAUGCUGAAAUCCUCAAUCUGAUGAAGAAGUACCAGUGACGGCUCAGGGCGGGAGAAAAGUUGGAAUUAAGGGUUCGAUCAGAUGUUCUGAAAAUGUAUUGUUUUUACUUGCAGUAGCCUUGAACUUUACUCUCAUUUCAAAAAACACCCUGGUGAAUAUGAAGAUGGUCCAUAACCCCGCUUCUUUCUGUCAGAAAACAGGAACAUUUCACUGUCCCAGAAUGGGCUGACACCAUCUAACUUGCUGAAUUUUUUUGGCGGGGGGGUGCGGAGCAGGGAGGGGAGAGGAUGGAAAGUGGAAAGAUUGGUCCAACAACUAUACUUAUCAUAAUAUGCCAUGGAGGGCACACCCAUCCAUUGAACCCACAUCAGAGUGCAUGAAGUGUACAGAAAGUGCAAAGAGGAGGCGACAGGGGAUGGGGAGAAAUGAAAGAAUAAGAUGGCAAAUUCCUUGAGCCGUUUUCUGAUGAAGUGGUGUGCCACUAAAUGCGGAAUUUUGCUGUCAUCCCUGUUCAGAUUCUGCUCACGAAUCACAGGAUAAUUCUUGAGGGAACUAGCCUUUUGACAGUCUGUGAAAUAUUUUCAAACCACAUAGACUUAAUCUCGUGUUUAUUGUGUUGAGCACAGAAACUGGACAGCUGAAAACAUUACUGCUUUCCCUGCAUAAGAGCUCAAAUAGUAAGUGGAAUGUAUAAACUUGUUCAAGUGAGAAUAAUCACAUUUAUAAUAUUGCCACUGGAGACAGUUAAGUUAAAAGAAUGAGCUUUUCAACUCCUUUGAUGAUGGUUUACUCCAAACCUCUCACAAAAUGUUCAUUCUUUCUGAAUUUUAACCUAUUCUUGUGAGAGCAAAUGAGGUUCAUUCCCAGCAGUUUCCACUAUCAUUGUCUACCAAAUCUGUACUUUCCCAGGUGUUUUAGUACAAUGCUUGAUACACAUUAAGCACUUGAUAAAUGCCAUUGAUUGACCAUUUUAAAAAGUGUAUAUUGGAAAUUACUGUUGACUCGUGAUGGUCCCAAAUGUCGUUCUAAGAAAAACAGCGGGGGAGAGGCAGAGCAGCUUUCGUGUUGAACUUUGUAAAGCUCACAGCCACUGGAUGGUUCUUCCUGUAAAUUCCAAAAUCUGAAGCAAGAUUGGAAUCCAUGUCAAGGGGGCAAAAAAAAAGAAUCAUCUACCUUACACCAAAAAAUCUCCUUAAUGAUUUGCUGUAACUCACUGAAAAUCCCAGCCUGAAACAGAAAAGAGAUAGUAACUUUUCUGUAAUGAAGAGCAAAAUAUAUUGCUUUCCUGCCUACAUCAGGGGAUCCUUCCCUUCUGUUCUUUUAGCUUGCCAUUUGUGUUUGUGAUCAUAUGUGUGUGUGCAAUAUCCGAGGUAUUUGUCAGUUCUGUACAAAGCCAUGGGUUUGUGUUCAUAGCAAAGCUUUCACUCAACUGCCAUUUGAUGAACAGGAAAACUAUGUGAAAGACUAUGAUCUGAUUUUCUAGGUUUAGAUGAGGGCACUUGGAUCGACCAAAAAAUGUUCAGGAAUAAUGUUUGCGCUGUAUGGAAUGUUUUAAGAAUUUUAAAUCUUUUUCAAUAAAGUGUAGUGAAUGUA